GUUUCUCUAAUUGUAUCAAAAUGGAAUGAAAUGUUGGUUGUUUGCACACUAUAAGCAAUUAAAUACUGGCCAUUUUUUUCUAAAUCUGUUCAUGUGUUUCAGAGCUGAACCCUCGCUGUGACGGGCUGCAGCCAUGGCGUCGCACCGCGCGUGGCUGUCGGCCGCGCAGCUCUCGCGGCAGUUUUUCCAGUCUGCCCGCUAUGUGCGUCCCACCAAUUCGGUGGUCAACGACAGCUCGGAGCGGCCGGCGCCGGCGCCGCACCCGGCUGUCAGCCUGCUGCCGCUCUUCACCUGCGUGCCGCCGCCGCCCCUCAGCGCGCCCGUGAAACGCCGCUUCUCCACCGCCCUGCCGCGCGGCAAAAAGUACCACGAGGCCGAGAACGAGUUCGCGCACGAGGUGAUGUCCAGUCUGCCGGCGUACCGGCGCACACUGCACUACCACGUGCUGGGCGGCGAGGCGGCGCCGCUGGACGCGCCCGUGCGCGGCCAGCAGGCCGGCUGGGCCGCCCAGACGGCCGCCACCCUGGUCAGCGCCAUGCGGCGGCUCCAGGUGAGCGGCGACGAGGCGGGCGCGGCGGCCCCGGCGCCGGCCGAGCCGCCGGCCGCCGACCCGGCGCUGGCCUCCCGCUGCGCUCAGUACUCGGACGACCAGAUCGUGUGUCUGCUGGCGGCGCUGUGCUCGUGGCCGCCGGGCGGUCAGCCGGACGAGCUGAGCUUCCGGCGGCUGUGGCAGGCGCUGGACGGCGAGUGCUGCCGGCGGCUGGCGCGCUGGGACGCCGAGCGGGCGCUGCUGGUGGCCGACCUCUGGUAUCGGCUGCAGGUCAGCCGGCUGACCCAGUACAGCGGACACCUGCUGGAGCACCUGGGCCGCAGGCUGGGCCAGCUGUCGCCCUCGCAGCUGGUCCAGUACCUGUUCUUCGUCAACCUGUCCCGGCGGCUCGGCGGAGUGAAACAGGUGGACCUGGAGCGGAAGAUCCUGCAGUGUCUGCCUCUGCUGUCCGUCGACGAGCUGGGCAUCAUCUGCAUGAGCUUCUUCAAGACGCAGACGCCGCUGCAGCUGGACGAGCUGGUGGACGCGGUGGUGUACAAGCUGCUCAGCUGCGUGGAGACGGCCAAGCCGGAGACGGUGUGCGCCGUGCUUAAGUUGCUCCGGCUCAGCGUGCCCGCCAGGAGGUGGCAGGUCCUGGAGCGCGUGUACGACCGCCUGCUGCCUCUGGUGGAUGGGUUCAACUCGCUGGUACAGCUGCACCUACUGCUGCUGGGCACCCAGGCGCUGGUCCACCACCCGGCCGCCGUGGUACGGAUCACGGCCCACCUGCACGGACAGCUGGCCAACAUACGGCUCAAGGACAUUGAGCGCCUACUGUUCGUCACCAUGCUGUUCAACUUCGACCCGGGCGUGGCGUUUUUCGAUGACGUCGUGUCUGACCUGCGCUCGGAGCGACGCGUCGAGGAGCGCAAAAAGUACCCCAAGUGUCUGAUGUCGUGUCUGAUGUACCUGGCCUACCACCGCGUGUACCCGGCCGACCUUAUCGCCACCGUGGUCAGCCCUUCGUUCGUCAGCUCCAUCAAUGACUCGAUGCUGUCGUCCUACAGCGGUCUGGAGCGUGAGCUCACCGCUCUCAGCUGUACGCUGGAGCUGGAACUGCCAGGAUUCGUCUCCGAACUGCCCAAAGAGUACCGACAGAAACACCUCAAGAAGCACAUGGCCCGUGUGCCGCGGCCGGGCACCGGUCGCCUGACGUUCGCCGAAAACACCCAGCUGGCAGUGCGGGCCACUCUUGCCGAGCUGCUCGGCGGACCGGACCGCGUGGCCGCCCUGCACGUGCUGCCCCACUUCGUCACACCAGACAUUGUGGUGUGUCUGGACAGCUCGGGCCGCGGGCUGGUCCUGCCGCCGGCGUACAUCCGUCAGCCGGCGCUGGCCGCCAAACGGCCGCUGCCCGGUCUGGGCCACUGGGUGUGUGUAGUGGUGGGAGGUCGGAGCUGCUACACCAGAAACGACCAGCACCCGGUGGGCAACUUCCUGAUGCGGCUGCGGCAGCUGCAGCUGGUCGGAUACAGCGUGCUAGAGGUUCCGUGGUACGAGUUCCAGGACAAGUCACACCGUCUCGGCUACCUGCGCCGUAAACUGCAGCAGCUGAGUGUCCCGCCGCCGGUGCCCCUGACCCCUCCCGGCGGCAGCCCGCCCCGCGCCGCCCGCCUCAGGUAGGGGAGGGAAAUGGCUGCGGUACCGGCGACAUUUCGGGAACGUGACGUUAGUGUACACUGUACACUGUAAACCUUCGGUGAACGCAUGGUUUGAAGGCGUUAUGAUAUGACAAGGUCAGUGUUAACGUGAUGUGACGAAAACGGUAUCGCCUGUGGCGUUAUUCACGAGCUGAGCUGGUGUGUAGCCGAUGGAACCAUAACGCACUAUCAGAGAGACCUCUGGCUCCUGUGUUGCCGAGACCUCGCGACUCUUAUCCACUCGGUGCAGCGGCGGGCUCGUGAAGACUCCAUUCAGUAAAGGAAGCCAGGGCAGGUGCAGCGCGCCAUUGGCGAGGGAGCUCCCUGUCGGGUGAAUGAAAGCCGUACAAGAGCGUCGUGGUAGAGCCAGAGGCGGGGAUAAUCUACUACGUAAAGCGUGCGGCGUGGUGAGCCGCCGGGAUCUGCUUGUACUUAAAAGUGUCCCUGACAAAAGUACAAGUCAGAAAGUACAGUUUUUCGUGCAGUGAACAGGACUCUGGUGUUUGUUUUUCAUGGAACAAGAGUUACCGUCUCACCGCCAACUAGCUAUGUCCUGCUUGUUUUAUCUUUUUUUUUGCGUCAGUGUGUGUCAAUGUGUGGUAGUCAAAUUUGUUUAUGUUUGUUGGACUCCGCUGGCCUGAGUGACAGCUUAUGGUUCAACAGGGAUCUGACGAAGUCUCUGUCUACGUGAAUGUGUAGGCCAGUGGACAGUUCUAUUCGCCUUGUUUGAGAUUUUUCGAAAGUUGAUUUAUAUCCUUAAGACAAGAACAUUAUGUUUAUUUCUUUCAUUCAAAAGCCUCCUUCAUUUUAUGCUGGCAUAAUUAAAUGAGGAUGGCUUUCUCAAAAUGACAAAGAAUGGGAGGGCCUCUGAGCAGUGCAAAGAUUUGUUAGUAAGUGUGUGUAGGUUAGCGGGAAGGUACCGAGUGAACUCAUGACAAACUCAGUCAAAGGUGUUCACAUGCCGCGUCCGUCAUACUCAUCGUUUUAUGGGAAACACUCUGAUAUCCAAUGUCAAUCUUGGGAAACAGGGAUGCCAGUGGAACACUGCUGGUUCACUGCGGUGGUAUACACUGUGCCUGUUUUUAUUUCGAUGAGUUUAGUUGUUCGGUGCUCUCUGCUUGUACGCGUUUGAUUGCUGGGCAGUGGGCGUCUGUACUGUCGCUUUGACUCUGUCAUUGGUGCUACUUUGAGCUUAAUAUGACGUGGUACUUAAUUGUCUCACUUUCAUUUGGUGCUCAUGUGAACGCUAGUUUCUCACUGUGUGCAUUCGGUCUGAACUGACUGCAACUCACUGAAGUGACUGAGUAGAUGUGCGCCGAGAUUCAACCUAUGUCUGUGUGAGUGUGCCUUGGACAACUUACUAUCGGUGCUCUGGGUUGACUUCUCACCCCGAACUGAGAGUACGCGGCUACGGUUGGGCUCCGGCUGACAUUUCGUAGGGGUCUGCCCAAGGUAUAUCAUGCAGUCAGUUGACUGUCCGUUUCUGUCAUAGCAUUCGCUACCGCAGAAUAGAACACGGUGCAAGGAACUGAGACCUUUAAACCACCGUUCGUGUAACCCCGCGGGCCCUCAUCGGUAACUAAUGCGCCAUGGUGUUUUAUCGGUGGCCAAUGGCACCGCUUACGUCGUGCUUUGUAUUUUUGGACGGUUGUCUUAUCGGCUGUGAGUGAACCUAACGCAAUUUGGUUGCGGCCAUGAUGUGACAUUUGUGUAGUAGAAUCUAAUUGGGAUGCGAGAGGGUAUGUUCGCUCUCACGGCUUUGAUUUCAGAACUUCGAUUCAUCGGAGUUUGCUUCUUUACCGAAUUAGUGUUUUGUCUUUAGGCUAUUUACUACUUGCAGAGACGCUGACAGCAUUGCAAACGGCCGAUCGUUCGCCGCUCAGUGUUUUUCUAGCGUCACGUUUUGAACAAAUGUUGCUGUGCCGACUCGUUUAGGAUAAGCACCAUUCAGAGUAGACAGUUGUGUGUAUGCAAUAUUUUGGGGAGAAAAUAUAAUAUUGUACAAGUUUGUGCCUACUA